AUGCCUCGCCUCAAGAAAACCGCUGCUCCGACGUCGGAAGAGCUCACUCGCCAAGCCAUCACAGACCUUCAAGAACAGAUGCGUAUGAUAACGGCAGCAUUCCAAAACCUCGCCGCACAGCGACCUCUUGUGAACGAUCAUGCCGAGUUUGAUGAAGAAUCUAUCGCAUCUGACGGUGACGACAAUCCUUUUGCUCCUCUACAAAAUCAACGUACUCAAGCGCAAACAGAAAACGAUGAUUUCAGAUGGGAAAGUGGAUUUAAAUUCGAAAUUCCAGAGUUUCAUGGCGGACAAUCACCUGUAGAGCUACUUGAUUGGAUUGUCACGGUGGAAGAAGUCCUAGAGUUUAAACGUGUUCCGCUUGAUCGUUGCGUCCCGGUUCUUACUAUGCGAUUUCGAAACAGAGCUUCGGCUUGGUGGAACCAACUCAAAGCUUCACGUGCUCGAGAAGGAAAACAGAAAAUCGUUUCAUGGGAGAAACUCAAAUCCAAGAUGCAGAAAACAUUCUUACCGUAUAAUUAUGAGCAUCUCAUGUUCCAGAAAUUGCAAAAUCUGAAACAAGGCUCUCGCUCUGUUGAAGAAUACGCCACUGAAUUUUUUCUGCUUAUUACUCGCAUAGAUUUACAAGAUUCCGAACAACAGUUGGUUGCUCGCUUUGUCGGUGGUUUACGACAGAACAUUCAGCAUACAUUGAAUUUGUUCAACCCUCUGUCUGUUGCUGAAGCUCAUCAACAAGCCCUCACUGUCGAGACUCAAACCAGAGUAAACUACUCUCCUUGGAGCUCUGCGCGUACGCCGCGCACUGUCACAGGCUCUCUUCUGCCUUCACCAGCUCCAAUACCAGAAACUCCGGCUCUAAAACCCGAAACAGCUCUUGUCCCUGCCGACUUUCCGCGACGUCCAGGCACCUUACGAUGCUUCAGUUGUGGUGAAAUAGGACAUCGACAAUCUGUUUGUCCUUCCCGCAACAAACGUGGUCUCUUGCUUGAUACCUCUGGACGUGAUGUGGAGAUUAUCGUUGAGGCGGAUGAAGAAAACCCAGAGGAACCGUGCAGUUGUGCAAAUGUUAUUGCAGAAGAAGCAGUUAAAAAGCUAGAGCUGAAAGAUGAAGUACACCCAUAUCCUUACCAAUUGGCAGGAUUGCAACAAGGGAGUGAACUCCGUGUUACUCGUCGAGCUCUGGUCAAUUUUUCUAUCGGUGAUGCUUACAAAGAUCAGCUUUACUGUGAUGUGGCUCCAACCGAUGCUUGUCAUCUUCUUCUUGGACGCCCUUGGGAGUUCGAUCGCAAGGUCCAACAUGAUGGUUUUUUAAACACAUACACCUUCUCCUUUAAUAACCGUAGCUUCACACUCAAGCCUUCUCCUCCAAUAUCCUCGUCUCUUGCACCGUCUCCUAUUUUAUUGUUACAACGAGCACCCUUUGAAGAAGAAAUGCGUGAAGCAGGACUAGUGCUUGUUCUCUUGUCAACAACGCCUUCUCCUCCGUCGCCUAUUCAGAUUGCACCAGCCUUUGCUGGAAUAGUUCAAGAAUUCUCUGAUGUCUUUCCGGAGGAUCUUCCGAGCGGUUUGCCUCCAUUACGCGAUAUUCAACAUCGCAUCGAUUUGGUGCCUGAUGCUUUACUUCCUCAUCGUCCACAUUAUCGCAUGAGCCCUAGUGAGCAUGAAGAGUUAAGGCGUCAAGUCGAAGAAUUAGUUGCAAAAGGUUUUCUCAGGGAAAGUUUGAGUCCUUGUGCUGUACCAGCCUUACUUAUUCCAAAGAAAGAUGGGAUGUGGCGCAUGUGUGUUGAUAGUCGUGCUAUAAAUAAAAUCACGGUACGUUAUCGAUUUCCCAUUCCUCGGUUAGAUGAUCUCUUAGACCAGAUUGGUACAGCUACUGUCUUCUCUAAACAUGAUUUAAAGAGUGGCUACCAUCAAAUACGGAUUCGUCCAGGAGAUGAGUGGAAGACGGCCUUUAAAACUCGUGAAGGACUUUUUGAGUGGUUGGUCAUGCCGUUUGGAUUAUCCAAUGCACCUAGUACGUUUAUGCGUGUCAUGAAUCAAGCUUUGCGCCCCUUCAUUGGUAAAUCUGUGGUUGUCUACUUUGAUGAUAUCUUGAUCUUCAGCCUAACCAUUGAAGCACAUUUGAUUCACUUACGGGAGGUUCUUGAAGUAUUAAGACGUGACCAGCUUUUUGCAACCUUGAAGAAAUGCGAGUUUGGUUCUCCUGCAGUACAGUUUUUGGGUUAUAUUGUCUCUUCCCAAGGUUUAUCUGUUGAUCCCAGCAAAGUUGAGGCUAUUCGCUCUUGGCCCGUUCCUAAAACACUUACAGAGACUCGCAGUUUCCAUGGUCUAGCAUCUUUUUACCGGCGUUUUGUGCCACAAUUUAGUAGCCUUAUGGCUCCAAUUACGGAUUGCAUUCGCGAUGGCUCAUUUGUUUGGACACCAGCAGCUUCUACAGCGUUUGAUUUAGUCAAGGACAAGCUAAGUUCUGCACCGAUCCUAGCUCUUCCCGACUUCACCUUGGUAUUUGAAUUACAUUGUGAUGCAUCAAAGCUAGGUGUUGGCGCCGUCCUUAGUCAACGUGGUCGCCCUAUCGCUUUCUACAGUGAGAAACUUGCUGGUGCGCGUCUUCGCUAUAGCACCUAUGAUCUGGAAUUUUAUGCGAUCAUUCAAGCCGUUAAACAUUGGCGUCACUAUUUGUUUCAUAAAGAGUUUGUCCUAUACACUGAUCACGAUGCGCUCAAACACAUUGGCAAUCAAGAUAAGGUUUCAGCACGGCAUGCUUCUUGGAUAGCUUAUCUUCAACAGUUCACUUUUGUGAUUAAACACACGUCGGGAGUUAGUAAUCGUGUUGCAGACGCUCUGAGCAGACGUCACUCUUUAUUGGCAGUGUUACAUGUUUCGGUUCCUGGAUUUAGUUCUUUUGCUGACCUAUAUGCUUCAGAUUCUUUUUUUGGUCCGAUUUGGUCAGAUACAGACUCAGCCUCGUCACGGCUUUAUACUCGUCAUGAUGGUUUUUUAUUUCGGGAAUCACGGCUCUGCAUUCCAGAUUGCAGCCUUCGUUUGAAACUAAUCUCUGAGCUUCACAAUGAGGGACACGUUGGACGCGAUAGAACGUUACUUUUGGUCUCUUCAUCUUAUUUCUGGCCUUCUUUGCGACGUGACGUAGAGAGAUUCGUUGAACGAUGUGUCAUUUGUCAAACAUCCAAAGGACAAGCAUCAAACGCAGGAUUGUAUCUUCCUCUACCUAUUCCGACUCAGCCUUGGACGGAUAUCAGCAUGGACUUUGUGAUGGGUCUUCCGCGUACUCAAAAAGGCUUUGACUCCAUCUUUGUCGUGGUUGAUAGGUUCUCUAAAAUGGUACACUUUAUUCCCUGCAAACGGACCACUGAUGCGGUUCAAGUGGCGACUCUGUUUUUUCGUGAAAUUUAUCGCUUACAUGGACUGCCUGCUUCAAUAGUCUCCGACCGUGAUUCACGUUUCUUGGGCCACUUUUGGCGUUCGUUAUGGAAGCUUCUUGACACUAGCCUCGACAUGAGUUCUGCCUACCAUCCUCAAACCGACGGCCAAACCGAGGUUACUAAUCGAUCUUUAGGUAACCUUUUGCGCUGUUUAGUUGGUGAUUCCAUCAAGAGUUGGGAUUCUAAGCUUCCACAAGCAGAGUUUGCACAUAAUCAUGCCGUCAAUCGCAGUUCAGGCUACAGUCCUUUCCAAGUUAUCUACGGCUUUUCUCCUCGUGGUCCAGUCGAUUUAUCUACUCUACCUGAUCGCACUAGACUUCAUGGCGACGCUGAAACUUUCAUGGAAAAUGUCCUUGAGACUCAUGAAAAAGUCAAAGAGAAUCUUGCCAUUUCCACCGCUAAGUAUAAAUCUGCCGCUGAUACUCAUCGUAGACGUUUGGUGUUUGAAGUGGGAGACUUCGUUUGGGCUGUCUUAACCCGAGAUCGUAUGCCUGCUCAUGCAUAUAACAAACUGAAAGCAAAAAAAAUUGGUCCUCUUGAAGUUUUGGAGCGUAUCAACGAUAAUGCUUAUCGUCUUCGCCUUCCCUCUGAUGUUCGCACUUCUGAUGUCUUCAAUGUCAAGUACUUCUCUCGUUACCAUUCACCAAUCACUACUCCAGAUUCAGGGACGAAUCUUUCUAACCCCGGGAGUCUCAAGAAUUUGAAAGAAUCCUUGAUCGAGCUACAAAUCCGUUUCUUACGCUGCGCCAAUGGGUCGCUUCACUGGUUCACCGAGUGCGAAGAAACCAAAGUCGUAUCCUUCGAUCUUCACACGGAAGCUUUUCAAGUCCUCUGUAAAGCUCCCUUUGUCAAUGUACAUCCUUACAGAGAUAACAAGAUUGUCAUGUGCAACCUCGAGAACCGCUUGUGCGUUUCCGAGAUGAAGUGGCCCAACCAAGUGAUUUGGUCCUUCAGUUCAGGCAACAAGACAUGGGACAAAAUGUGGUCCAUUGACCUGGAGGCAAUUUCUUCUUGGUUUGGUACUAAUUACAGUGUUCGAUGCGCCCUCGCGCCACUAGCACUACUCGACGGUGAGAAGAAGACGAAGAAGAAGUUGCUGUUUUAUGGUCGCGAGCUGGUGAUCCAGGAUCAGGAAACCCAAUCCUAUGAUGCCGCAUACUCUGCUAAAUCCAUCGGAUAUCCUGUUUGUUAUUUCCAGAGUUUAAUCUCUAUUUUAUAA